UUCCGCCCAGUUUUCCGACGUGAUUCGCCAGCGCUGAAAAUGGAGUUCGCGUAAAGCAGAGCCCACCAACUUCCCAUUAAAAGUAUUGACAUUUCAUGGCACGUUCCUGUGAUAAAGUUGAGUAAAUCAAAGAAUUUAUUCGUCUCCAGCCUUCGCUGGCGCAUCGUGAGCUCGGGAGGGUUUGAUUUGAUCGCCGUAUGAAGUCUGCGAAGAGAGUCGCUUGAUCGGCUCAUGUGGAUUUUCCAAACUCGCUUGUCCUGGGAUUUGGGUGUUGUAGUCGGAUCAGGAUGAAGAAUACGCUGAUGAUUUCUCCUCUGGAUGUGAUUUACUGGGCAGAUCGUCUGAAGUACUGGUUUCACUGGUUUCAUACACCGUUUAGUGUUUUGGUGUCUCGCGAAGCAUGCUCGACUGUACAUCGGAUCGGUUUCCAUCAAUAACGGGCGAUUUUACAUUGAAAAUGGAGAUAUUUGUGAUUUAUUUCCCCGUCGUGAGUGCGAACUCGAUGUUCUUUCCAGAACUUGGAUCCCCGUGAGAAGAAAAUGAGCGACGAAUCAAAUCAAAACAGCGAUGAGAGUUACGCGCGUGUCAGAGCUGUGGUGAUGACCAGAGACGACUCCAGCGGCGGGUGGCUUCCUCUGGCCAGCGGGGGUCUCAGCUGCGUCACCGUCCACAGAGUGAGCCGACCGGAUGCUGAGCCGCACUUCCUCAUCCACGGAGAGAGACUCAAAGACAAAUCGGUUGUUCUGGAGUGCAUCAUAAGCAUGGAUUUGCAGUAUAAUAUAGUCAACCCCAUCUUCCAUCACUGGAGGAUAGACGACAAGAAGUUUGGCUUGACCUUCCAGAGCCCGGCGGAUGCCAGAGCCUUCGACAGAGGGAUACGACGGGCCAUGGAGGACAUUAAACAAGGGUGUCAGCAGUACAGUGAUGCAGAUGUUCCUGAAGAUCCAUCAUCAGCACAGGUGAAGCAAGAGACUCCAGUGAGAGAGAUGUUCUCUCCUCGAGGAAUCGUGUCCACCGAGCCCUUCCGUGGUUCUUAUGUUCGAGCUCCGCCCUUUGAUGAUGAUCUCAGCCAUCACUUUCUGCCACCACAGGUUUCCUUCAACACCACGCGUCACGUCAGCUUUCAGAUGGACGACGAGGAGAUUGUGCGCAUCAACCCCCGCAGAGACGUUCUCAUCCGAGGCUACGAGGACUACCGACAUCCCGUCUUUUGGAAACGAGACGUUGAGCGCGACGAACCGGACUUCAUCUCCACCUUCUCCAAGCCGGAUGGGAGGAAGUGCGAGUUCUUGUACCCUGAGGGCCCGGGGUCUCACGGCAAAGACUCGGUUAAGACCCAGCAGCCGUCCCCCCUGCCGAAGUCGAAGGCGUCCCGGCGGCGUCGUGAGGACGGGGAGCGCUCCCGCUGCGUUUACUGCCGCGAGAUGUUCAACCACGAGGACAACCGGCGGGGCGAGUGUCAGGACGCCCCCGACCCCAUCAAGCAGUGCAUCUACAAGGUGAGCUGCAUGCUGUGUGCCGAGAGCAUGCUGUACCACUGCAUGUCCGACUCGGAGGGAGAUUUCUCGGACCCGUGCUCCUGCGACACCAGCGAGGAGCAGUUCUGCGUGCGCUGGCUGGCACUGCUGGGACUGUCUCUCGUGGCGCCCUGCAUGUGCUGUUACCCGCCGCUGCGCGCCUGCCACCGCUGCGGAGAGGCGUGUCGCUGCUGCGGGGGCAAACACAAGGCCGCGGGGUGAGCCCGGGUGAGCCGACGGUUUGUUUUUUCAUUCACCCGAGACGGGUGAGGCGACCCUCGCCGCGGGAGCUUUGAUUGACGCGGCCGACCGCCGGGUUCUGCAGUGUCAGGGGGCUCAACAGGAGGAGACUCCUUCAGCGAACGGAGAGAUCGCUUGAACUUUCAAGCCAACGCGUGUGACGAAAUCUUUUGUACAGAGAUUAUAUCAGAAUAUUCAUAACAAUGAAGUUGUGUAUGUUUAAAGGGAUUUUAGUUUUGUUUUCUUGUGACGUUGCAGUGAUCCAUGUGCCCUUUUCCUUCGACUGUAGAUAUUUGAACAAAGACAGCACUAGAUAUUAUUUUCCAUGAAUUAAAAUGCUUAUUUUCAUGUGUUGACGUGACUAAAUGUUCUGGCCAGUAACCGUAAUAAAGCGACAGCGGUUGUGUACUGUAUAUACAGUUUGACAUCUUUCCAGGAAUGCAAAUGUAUUGAUCUCUUUCAUUACAGUGCAGGUUCAUGUUAAUGCUUUUAUCUUUAAGAAUUUGAUCAUUUUCUUGAAGGAUAUACGUCAUGAAUUCAAGAAGCACUUACACUUAAUGAACUGGCUCUUGAUCUUCAUCAAGACGAUUCUUGACAGUCUAAAAUAAACCUUCCUAAUAUGUU